AUGUCUGAAUUUGCAUGCGAUACUUGUGAAAAGCAAUUCAAACUUAAAAGAACAUUAGAAGCUCACAAAAUGAUACAUACAGGAGAGAAACCUUAUGAAUGGUAUAAAAUAACUUAUUUAAAUAUGGAAAAGUGCUUAGUGUCAACAACGUUUUAGAUAAUAUUCCUCCCUACAAAAGCAUCAAAGAACACAUUCUGGAGCGAAACCAUAUGAGUGUGAAGAAUGCAAAUAAGCUUUCUCACAAGUAUAUAGAUACUAGAUUUAAUUAGAUCUCUAAUUUGAAGAGACAUUAACGCAAACAUUCUAAUGAAAAACCUUUCAAAUGUGAAGAAUGUGGAAAGCAAUUCAUUACAAGUCAAAAUUAUUAAUAACACAAUUCAAAACAUUAAUAGGAUAGAAAACAAUAUAAAUGUGAAAGUGGUUGUGGCAAAACAUAUUUUUAUAUGUGCAGUCUUAAAAAACAUGAAAAAGAAAUGCAUUAAAAGAAAGAAAAGCCUAUAUUCACAACAGAAUCCUAUAAUUAAUAAAUUAAGAAUCUAAAGGAUUUCUUUACAUGUAAUCAUCCUCAAGUUAUACAUAAAAAUCAUGUAGAUGUACUUUUCAAUGGAUGUUUAUAUUAUUAUAAUGAAGGUAGUUCAAAUAUAUGAUAUCUAGAAAAUCAAAAGAUUGAAUAUCAUGAACUUGUUGAUGCAGGUAAAUUAGAAUGUGAUCCAGUUAAAGAUCAUUAACAUUUUUAAAAGGGUUAACAAUUUGCAUAAAUAGAUUGUUCACAAUGUCCAUAAGAAAUUAAUUGUUGUUUAGCUACAAAUCAAGGAAAUGUCCAAGAAUCAGAAUAUCCACAAUCCUAUGUCUUGCAUUAUCAUGGGCCAAAUUGUGGACAUCCUAUAGUCUUGCAUAAUGGUCAUGUCGAUUAUCUUGUAAAUGAGAUGCUUCAUUAUCCUCAUGAUGGACAUUGUGAUAAUCAUGGAAUUCUGAAUAGAAUCACAGUAUAAUGAG